AUGGUUGACAUAAAAUGGGGCACUAUUGUUUCUCGUCUUCAAAGCCUUCUCUCUGAAGGCAGAUAUUUAGCUUCAUUGGCAAAUCAGGCAGAGGCUUUGUUGAGUUUGAUUUUUGCGAUGGUUCUUCCAAUAAUAUUCUUAACUAGCACAACAAAACUUUUAUUAUUAUUUGCCUUAGGUUAAGACACUCCAACCCAGACCAGAUGAGAAAUUGACUUAUCCAAUUUAAGUUAAAGACCCUCCAAUUCUCUGAUGCAGUCAUUGGGAAUCAAGGAAGUC